AACAUCUCAAUACACUUUUACUUUCGCUCGCCAGGAAAGAAUGGGGAAUUUUACCAGGUGUCCUCCGUUCAAGGCCUGUAACUAAGUAAAUUAUAAAUGACUUUUAUUUUUGGCAGGAUACACCCGAAAACAUUCACAGAAUAGUGAUAACCCUGACAAGGCGUUGACGGAGAGAAAAUGUGAAGCUCUUAGCAAGGUCAUUGCGAAAAAUUUGCAUAGCCCACAAGGAAGUUUAUUAUGUUUUAACUAUAAGUCGCCGUACGCUGUUGUCAUGUCACUUCAUUGGACAGAAAACCGUGCCAAUGUUUUAAAAAGAAACCAAACUAAAACAAGUUGAAGUAUUUUUCAGUUGGCUUUACUGCUGGUAGGAGAACUGCCUGGUAUUUCCCACAUUAGUCGAAUUGUGAUCUUGUUCUUAUUUCCCUACGUUCAUCGGGGAAACUAUCUGUUAACAUGCAGAUUAUUACGCUGCUCUUGUUUUGCUUGGGUGCCAAAGCAUUCGUCCAAAUUCCGGCACCCUACAAUAAUUUCGGGUGGUUCGUUGACAAUAAUAAUGCUUAUACCGGAUUCUAUCCGGGAGGAGUAUCCCCCCACUCUAUGGCCACUCCUUUUCUUGCCUACCCCAACGCUUAUCCAUACCUUAACUACCCGUACACCCUUCCGUAUUACACUUAUCGAUACGGCAAUCAACAGGACGUUCCUUUCGUACCCAAUGUCGUCAAGACAGUCGAGACUUCCGGAAAGCCACAGCCUAGUCCUCCUAAAGUUGAGCAACCAAAAUUGGCGGAUGCUGGCGAACCUUUCUCUCCUCCGUCACCUUCCCGCCUGGGCAAAUUCAAAACGGCAGCUGUCAACUCGGAUGGCAUUCCUUGCUCACAAAUUGGGCGUGAUGUAUUGGUGGAUGGAGGAAACGCAGUCGACGCCGCUAUCGCCACGGUCUUUUGCAUCGGAGCAGUUAAUCCGCAGAGCGCCGGAAUCGGCGGAGGAUUCCACAUGACUUUCUACGAUCCAGUUGGUCCGGUGGCUCAAAGCCUCGAUGCAAGAGAGGUGGCGCCUAUUGCUGCUACCGAAAACAUGUUCAAAGGAAACGCUUCCAUCUCUCAAAGAGGUGGUUUGGCCGUGGCUGUACCGUGAGAGCUGGCCAGUUCUUGGGCCGCCCAUCAGAAGUACGGGAAAUUACCUUGGUCCCGUUUAGUCCUGCCGACUGCUGAAAUGGCCGAGAAAGGUAUUCCAGUCAACAGUCACCUUGCCAACUCGCUAAAAGAAUUCGAGAAAUUAAUUUUGGACGAGCCUUCGAUGCGUAUUUUCGUGAACGAAGAAACCGGCAAAGUGAAACAAUUAGGCGACAUAGUCAAGAAUCCACCAUUCGCUCAGACAUUGAGAACGAUCGCCAACGAAGGCGUUGGCGUCUUCUACAACGGAAUCAUAGGCGAUAAAGUAGUUGAGGACAUCCAGAAGAAAGGCGGAAUCAUAACCAAGGAGGACUUGAUGCAAUAUCGCCCCGAAUGGAAGGCUCCCAUCAAAGUGGAAUUGAACAACAAUUUCACGUUAUACUCUAUGCCUCCGCCCGGAUCAGGAAUUUUGACCGCUUUCAUCCUCAACAUUUUAGACGGGCACCUCGAAGGAGAGACAAAUGGAAAGGCAUCCCGCGAUCCGACAAAUUACCACCGGAUUGCGGAGGCUUUCAAACACGCCUACGCUCAUCGUACCAAAUUAGCCGAUCCUAAUUUCGUUCCGGAAGUGAAUAAGUUCACUAGAACUCUGAUGGCAGAUCCGGAAGCUCUGGCUGCUGAAACCUACGC